GUACUCAGUCGUUGGUUUCAUUGAUAAGAACAAAGACACUCUGUUCCAGGACUUCAAGAGACUGCUGUACAACAGUUCUAACCCAGUACUGAAGACCAUGUGGCCUGAGGGUAAACUGAGAAUCACCGAGGUCACCAAACGGCCGCUGACAGCCGCCACGCUCUUCAAAAACUCUAUGAUCUCGCUGGUGGACAACCUGGCCUGCAAGGAGCCGUACUACGUUCGCUGCAUCAAGCCCAACGACGUCAAGUCCCCUCUACUCUUCGAGCAGGAGCGCUGCCGCCACCAGGUGGAGUACCUCGGCCUGCUGGAGAACGUCAGAGUGCGCCGGGCCGGCUUCGCCUACAGACAAACCUACCCCCGAUUCCUGCAGAGGUACAAGAUGAUCUCAGAGUUCACGUGGCCGAACCACGACCUCCCGUCAGACAAGGACGCAGUGAAGAGGCUGUUGCAGGGUUGCGGCUUCGACCACGACGUUGCUUACGGCAAAACCAAAGUCUUCAUCCGCACACCUCGCACCCUCUUCAGCCUGGAGGAUCAGAGGGUGGAAAUGGUCCAGAGAAUCGUCCUCUUCCUCCAAAAG